AUGUAUUUACUGUCCUCGUGUUACGGCCUCAACAGCUCUCUCAGCCUGCGUGUGAUUGGUCGAGGCCCGCUGGUCUCCUCUCCCCCUACCAACCCUCACGAUCCCUCAGAUCCCCCUCAGCAAACCCUCACGAUCCCUCAGAUCCCCCUCAGCUGGUCUCCUCUCCCCCUACCAACCCUCACGGUGCCUCAGAUCCCCUCAGCUGGUCUCCUCUCCCCCUACCAACCCUCACGGUGCCUCAGAUCCCCCUCAGCUGGUCUCCUCUCCCCCUACCAACCCUCACGAUCCCUCAGAUCCCCCUCAGCAAACCCUCACGAUCCCUCAGAUCCCCCUCAGCUGGUCUCCUCUCCCCCUACCAACCCUCACGGUGCCUCAGAUCCCCCUCAGCUGGUCUCCUCUCCCCCUACCAACCCUCACGGUGCCUCAGAUCCCCCUCAGCUGGUCUCCUCUCCCCCUACCAACCCUCACGAUCCCUCAGAUCCCCCUCAGCUGGUCUCCUCUCCCCUACCAACCCUCACGAUCCCUCAGAUCCCCUCAGCUGGUCUCCUCUCCCCCCCCAACCCUCACGAUCCCUCGGAUCCACCUCAGCUGGUCUCCUCUCCCCUACCAACCCUCACGAUCCCUCGGAUCCACCUCAGCUGGUCUCCUCUCCCCCUACCAACCCUCACGAUCCCUCAGAUCCCCCUCAGCAAACCCUCACGAUCCCUCAGAUCCCCCUCAGCUGAUCCCCCUCAGCUGGUCUCCUCUCCCCCUACCAACCCUCACGAUCCCUCAGAUCCCCCUCAGCUGGUCUCCUCUCCCCCUCCCAACCCUCACGAUCCCUCAGAUCCCCCUCAGCUGGUCUCCUCUCCCCCUCCCAACCCUCACGAUCCCUCGGAUCCACCUCAGCUGGUCUCCUCUCCCCCUACCAACCCUCACGAUCCCUCGGAUCCCCCUCAGCUGCUGGUCUCCUCUCCCCCUACCAACCCUCACGAUCCCUCGGAUCCCCCUCAGCUGGUCUCCUCUCCCCCUACCAACCCUCACGGUGCCUCAGAUCCCCCUCAGCUGGUCUCCUCUCCCCCUCCCAACCCUCACGAUCCCUCAGAUCCACCUCAGCUGCUGGUCUCCUCUCCCCCUCCCAACCCUCACGAUCCCUCAGAUCCACCUCAGCUGGUCUCCUCUCCCCCUCCCAACCCUCACGGUGCCUCAGAUCCCCCUCAGCUGAUCCCCCUCAGCUGGUCUCCUCUCCCCCUACCAACCCUCACGAUCCCUCAGAUCCCCCCUCAGCUGGUCUCCUCUCCCCCUCCCAACCCUCACGAUCCCUCAGAUCCACCUCAGCUGAUCCCCCCUCAGCUGGUCUCCUCUCCCCUACCAACCCUCACGAUCCCUCGGAUCCCCCCUCAGCUGGUCUCCUCUCCCCCUCCCAACCCUCACGGUGCCUCAGAUCCCCCUCAGCUGGUCUCCUCUCCCCCUCCCAACCCUCACGAUCCCUCAGAUCCACCUCAGCUGAUCCCCUCAGCUGGUCUCCUCUCCCCUCCCAACCCUCACGAUCCCUCGGAUCCACCUCAGCUGGUCUCCUCUCCCCCUACCAACCCUCACGAUCCCUCGGAUCCACCUCAGCUGGUCUCCUCUCCCCCUACCAACCCUCACUGUGCCUCAGAUCCCCCUCAGCUGGUCUCCUCUCCCCCUACCAACCCUCACGAUCCCUCGGAUCCCCCUCAGCUGGUCUCCUCUCCCCCUACCAACCCUCACGGUGCCUCGGAUCCCCCUCAGCUGGUCUCCUCUCCCCCUCCCAACCCUCACGAUCCCUCGGAUCCACCUCAGCUGGUCUCCUCUCCCCCUCCCAACCCUCACGAUCCCUCGGAUCCACCUCAGCUGGUCUCCUCUCCCCCUCCCAACCCUCACGGUGCCUCAAAUCCCCCUCAGCUGGUCUCCUCUCCCCUACCAACCCUCACGGUGCCUCAGAUCCCCCUCAGCUGGUCUCCUCUCCCCUACCAACCCUCACGAUCCCCCUCAGCUGGUCUCCUCUCCCCUACCAACCCUCACGGUGCCUCAGAUCCCCCUCAGCUGGUCUCCUCUCCCCCUACCAACCCCUUACGGUGCCUCAGAUCCCCCUCAGCUGGUCUCCUCUCCCCCUACCAACCCCUUACGAUGCCUCAGAUCCCCCUCAGCUGGUCUCCUCUCCUCUCUGCAUAG